GGAACGUAUAAUCAGGUCCGCGUUAAGUCGAUGCGUGCGCGUUCCCGCGAUGCCACGGAUAUUGGCAGGAUACAUAUUCUGUCGGUGAUACAAAAUUUGACAUCACACGACGUCACUUUAAAUAGACCCGUUCUCCGCCCCCUCUGCUUCCUAUAACUAUCGUUUUACUCAAUCCAUUGAACAACCCGGCUCAACCGAAACGAGCCCUCGGCCGACUCGAAAUCAGAUUGAUGGGACGUAAAAAGUGGAAAAAAACAUGCCAGAGCUGAAUCACGACUAAAGGGGCAGAGUUGGGGGAGAAAGGGACCAACAGACGUUCCGUUUUACUGAGCAUGUUGUAACCCUGUGGUCAGAAGGAGGAAAAAAGGCGAACUGCAGCAGAAUUGUCAACGAUCAACAGGUUGGAGGUCUGAUGGCGAGAUCGAUUUAAAAAAAAACCCCACACAUUUUGUUUUGAGAAGCGAGGGUGGGGAGGCCUACGCAGAAGUGAGGCGAGCGCAGCGGCAACAUCGCCGUGCAAGAUUACACACCCGUACAAACUAAAGCAAGAGAGGAUGUUAUCGCAGCUGAGUGACUUCAUAUGGCAGGACUGGAUUUGGUUUCCUGAAGGCCUGGGCUGGGCGGACCUGAAAGACCACGAUGGCAAAGUCUUCCCUAAAUUACCGGACCUCUGGGCCACCAUCCCCAUCACUGUCUGCUUCCUGGUCAUCAGGCAGAUAUUCGAAAGGACAGUGGCCAUUCCUCUGGCCUCUCUACUUGGGGUGAAAGACAAACAGCGCAUCAGAGCCACUCCCAAUCCCGCACUUGAGUCCUAUUUCUGUAAUGCAUCGAAGCAUCCCACGCAGAGCUGCAUGGAGAGUUUAAGUAAACAGACAGGCUGGUCAGUGCGACAGGUCCAGAGGUGGUUCCGGAGGCGGCGGAACCAAGACCGGCCCAGCAAGCUCAAGAAGUUUCGUGAGGCCAGUUGGAGAUUUACCUUUUACCUUCUUGCUUUCUUUGCUGGCCUGGCAGCCCUCGUUGAUAAACCGUGGUUCUAUGAUAUGAAGCAAAUGUGGGAAGACUUCCCAAAAAUGCCACUGCUGCCCUCUCAGUACUGGUACUACAUGAUUGAACUUGGCUUCUAUAUUUCAUUGGUUUUUAGCGUGGCGUUUGAUGUCAAACGCAAAGAUUUCAAAGAGCAGAUUGUGCACCAUAUAGCCACCAUUUUCUUGAUAAGUUUCUCCUGGCUGGUCAACUACAUCCGGGCAGGGACUUUGAUCAUGUUGGUGCACGAUGCCUCAGACUAUCUAAUGGAGUCAGCCAAGAUGUUCAACUACGCAGGUUGGAGGAGAACCUGCAAUUUCAUAUUCACCUUGUUUGCUGCAGUCUUCAUCAUCACCCGCCUUGUAAUUCUCCCCUUCUGGAUCAUUCAUACGACGUGGGUGUACCCCCUGACCCUUUACCCUCCCUUCCUCGGCUUCUACUUUUUCAAUGGACUGCUGUUUGUGCUGCAGUGUUUGCACAUCUUCUGGGCUGGUCUGAUCUUGCGCAUGGUCAUCAAGUUCCUACCAGGCAAUGAUAUUGUCGAGGACGAGAGGAGUGAUAAAGAGGAGAGUGAGUCAGAAGAUGAAGACAACAGUUGUGACAAGAGGGAAACAUCUAAAAAUGGCCACAUGCAGAAUGGCUACACGCCGCUGAACAACAACCACCGUAAGAAGGAGUGAUUUAACGGGGCAGGUGGAGAAGUGUAAGACAGGAUGAAUCCCCGCACAUGGUCUUUACCUGAAGGCCAAAUACGGGGAAGAGCGACUGGUGGAAAGAAGAGACGGCACACGCACAUGCACAAACACACACACACACACACACACACACACAUACCGCUACAUUUAAUACAAAUAAUGCAAACAAGUAAUAAACAUAGAAUGGGAAUCAACCAGGUUAUACUGUAAUAAGCAUUUUUUUUAAAAACAGUCCUUUUUUGAAGCUGCACCAAUAAUAUCCUGCUCUGUUGAGCACACUCGAUUCAAAGAUGAGAUGAAGAGGGUGGUGAGAGCAUGAAAGACUGUCAUCAAGCCAAGAGGGGCUUGAACUAGGUGUAAGGAAUUAUGACCUGUGUAGUGCCUUAGCAGCAAAGUAUUAUCAUACCCUCUCCCCUACUCAUAUUUGCCAUGCAAAUAUGGCUGCAGCUUUCUGUCCUCACUCACUAAAAGCUUAUGAAGAGCUGCCUUUGUUGCUGCCAUGGGUGUUUCUUCCCGCACAGUUGAUUAACGAGCUUCCCAAAUCAUGCAGACCUCCAUCUUGACUGUUGAUGAGCUGCCUUUCUCAAUCCCUUGCCUCGCCCUCAGAGUAAUGACAAAACUAAAUGCCGGUCGUUCUCGUUCAGCAGCACCACACCGGGGUCAGUGACAUUUCAGUGAGCACUUAAUACUGCCAUGAAUGGUGAGGUACUGCCUUUCUAUGGACCACAUAACUUUCUGUAGGUCAGUGAAAGUGAUGCAUUUACUGAAACGCCCUAUGUAUAUUAUUGAAUUAGCUGUGUGCAGCAAAUCCGUUGCUAUUCUCGCUGCCAAUGAUUUCCAGCAGAAAGUAAGUCAAUGUUGCAGAAAUAUAUUUGUGUUAAUAAUACUUCAGAGAGGAUUUGAUGGUAAACAAUUACAUUGUUUUUAAAUGUUUAAAGAGACGGAGAGAUGGGGAAGAGCCACAUUUGCAAAGUGUGUUAAAUUUACAUUUGUUUAUGUUCGUCUUAAAUACUAUGCCCUUUGAGAAGCAUAGAGCUCACAGCUUUAUCAUUUUAGUUUUGUUUUGUUUUUUUGUUAGGAUUAGGAUUGUAUUUUAGUUGUUUGGUUUUAUUUUGUUUUAUGGUUUACUUGCUGUAAAUCCAGUCAACUAUCUAGACGGCAUUGAGAGAGAACUGUUCACUUUACUCCAAACCAAUCAUCAAUUAUUUGUAAUUACAAUGGACUGGAAAUGUCGUUAUUUCUAGUUAAUGUUAGUUUUGCCCAUCCAUCCAAAGAUGCACUUUAUGGGUUUCUUAUAUGGAUCACCGCUGACUAUAGUAACCAAGUUUGAUAAUUGGGUUUGAUUUAAAUCCUGAUGUUUUUUUGUUUUUUUUUUCUUUUCCCUGUUCAGCGUUUGGAUUGUGAUUUGAGUUUACAGGUUUGUUUCAUAUUUAUUUUCUCCUCUAGAAAAAGAAAAGUCAACGUUUUGUUAUCCUUUUGGUUUAAUAUCUCGUCACAGAAGAUUAAUGAAAUCUUUAGCAAAUGGUAAAAUGGAACACCAAAGUCUGUUUUUACAUGUUUUUUUUAUUAGCUUGUAGUUUGCAAGUGCCUUCAGCGUUGUUUCAAGCUUUAUGUUUAAAAAAAAUAAUCUAAUUUC